GCGGAGCUUCCGGUAAGCGGCGUCCAGGCCCGGGCCCGCCAGUUUCCGCCCGGGCGCGGUGGGUCCGGCCGCGAUGAGCUUGGUUGUCAGGAACCUGCAGCGGGCGGUGCCCCUGAGGCGGGCGCGGCUCCGCGAGAAGGUGCAGGCGGUGCGGAGAGCCCUGGGGGUGCAGAGGUUUGACCUGGGGAUCGUCUGUGUCGACAACAGAAAGAUUCAGCAGAUUAAUAGGAUGUACAGAGACAAAAAUACCCCAACAGAUGUGCUUUCCUUUCCAUUUCACGAGAAUCUGAAAGCAGGCGAAAUUCCCCAGCCUGAUUUUCCAGAUGACUAUAAUUUAGGAGACAUUUUCCUGGGAGUGGAGUAUAUCUUCCAGCACUGCAAAGAAAAUGAAGAUUACUAUGACAUCCUGACUGUGACUGCCACCCACGGGCUCUGUCACCUGCUGGGCUUCACACACAGCACGGAGGCCGAGUGGCAGAAGAUGUACCAGAAGGAGAAGCAGGUUCUCGAGGAGCUGAGCAGGUACACAGGGACCAGGCUUCAGCCCCUGAGCAGGGGCCUCUUCUGACCAAAGUGCCACAGUGUGGGGGAAAAGUGGGUCUCCCUGGGCCCCUGGGAUCAGGGCCCCCCACGCUGAGGUCCCUGUUGGCCACUGCUGUCCUGUGGGGCUGCACAAGUGCCAGCCCCAGCAGGCGCUGAAUCCCACAAGUGGAACUUGCCUCUUAAAACACGAGAGAAAUUUCCACUCAUUUCUUUGUUCAGGACACAGUAGGUGUGUUAUUUUCAGUGUUGUAAAUAAAAUAGUUCCAAGUGCUCAGGAUGCAGAGGUGGGGCGUGUCAACAGCCUCCUCCCUGGGGCUCUGCCUUUGACAAAGAGGCAUCUCCCACGUCUGCACCCCUUCAGGACAAAUCAAGCAGCCCAGGUGGGCCUGCCCCCACUUCCCGUUGGAAUCCUGCUGGAUUCCGUCCUGUCCAGCUCUCAGGAGCACUGGGGCCUGGAGCCUUUGCUUGGUGCCUCUGCAAGGUGAGGAACAAGGCUGACCCUCGAGGUGGCCGCAGGGCCAGGCCUACCGCCUGCAGGGCACCCUCAGCACGCCUCCUGCCAUCACCCACCCCUACCCAUCGGUCCAGGUCAGGCAGUUGCUCACAGACUGUGCUCGAGUCCUUUGCCGUGGCCCUGACAUGGCAGAGCUCCGACUGCCACGUCCCAUCCUCCUGUAGGAAAGCCUCCCUCCUGUCGGUAUGUCCUGCCGUGUGAAUAUGAAAAUAAGGCCAGGAAUUUACCCCAGA